AUGAAUGGGCCCAAACCUUCAUGGAGCUUCACGCUUUGGUUCCUCCAGAUUCACUGGCCCGCAGCUCCAGAACACGUGGAACGCUGCAGGGCAGCAGGGAAAAGUGUGGAGACGGACUGCGCCAACUUCGUGCGUCUGCUGCAGCCGUUCAACAAGACUCACGUUUACGCCUGCGGGACCGGAGCCUUCCACCCACAGUGCACGUACGUGCACCUGGGCCACGGCGCAGAGGAACCGUUGUCCCUGCUGUCCCCCACGCUCGAAUCAGGACGAGGACAAUGUCCCUUCAGUCCCAGGGAGCCCUUCACAGCCCGGCUGAGCGACGGGGAGCUGUUCGCCGGCACCUCAGUGGAUUUCAUGGGAGCCAACGCAGCGAUAUUCCGCACAUCGGUCCGGGGCGGCAGCCAGCAUUACAUUCGCACUGAAGCCUACGAUCACAACUGGCUGAACGAACCGGACUUCGUGGGCUCCUUCUCCAUCCCCGACACUCACAGUCCAGACGACGACAAAGUCUACUUCUUCUUCAGGGAGAAGGCCGUGGAGUUGGACCCGUGGGACCAGAGGGUCUACAGCCGAGUGGCCCGAGUCUGCAAGAACGAUGUUGGAGGGAAGAGGAGCCUCAUCAACCGCUGGACCACCUUCCUGAAAGCCAGGCUCGUGUGUUCGGUUCCCGGCCCGUCUGGAGUGGACACACACUUUGAUGAGCUGGAGGAUAUCUUCGUUCUGGAAACCAAAGAUCCUCAAAACCCGACGGUCUACGGCAUCUUCAGGACAUCCAGCUCGUUGUUCCGCGGCUCAGCUGUGUGUGUUUACUCCAUGGCAUCGAUCCGAGCGGCCUUCAACGGACCGUACGCUCACAAAGAAGGGCCGGACUAUCGCUGGGUUGAGUUCAAGGGACGGAUCCCCUACCCGAGACCUGGAACUUGUCCCAGUGAGACGUACGACGCUCAGCACAAAUCCACCAAGGACUUCCCCGACGAGGUGGUGAGCUUCAUGAGGCAGCACCAGCUGAUGUGGGAACCCGUCCUGCCUCUGGGGGGCCGGCCCGUCCUGACCCGGGUCAACUCCCCCUACCUGCUGAAGAAGGUGGUGGUGGACAGGGUGGACGCUGAGGACAGACCGUAUGACGUCUUGCACCUGGGCACAGACGAUGGGAAGGUGGUGAAAGCUUUGUCCAUCAUCAAAGACAACUGGGAGACGGAGGAGGUCGUUCUGGAGGAGCUCACCGUCUUCCAGAGUCCAGCUCCCAUACUGAGCAUGGAGCUGUCCACCAAGAGAGACCAGCUGUAUGUGUCCAGUGAGCUCGGCGUGGCCCAGCUGGGCCUGGAGAGGUGCGAGUUUUAUGGAUCGGACUGCGCCGAGUGCUGCCUGGCCAGAGACCCUUACUGCUCCUGGGACGGACAGACCUGCUCCAGAUACUUCCCCACCAGCAGGAGGCGGGCUCGCAGACAGGAUGUGAAGUACGGAGACCCCUGGAGUCAGUGUCCGGUUUCAGAGGACGAUUCAGAUUCGGUGGCGGUGAAGGAGGUCUACGGCGUGGAGGGAAACGCCACCUUCCUGGAGUGCGUCCCUCGGUCUCUGCAGGCCGAGCUCCGGUGGACGGUGUCAGACGGCCGGGACAAAACUCUCAGACAGCUUCCUCAGGACCCUGAAGACCGGUUCCUGCCCCUGAAGAGAGGGUUGCUGGUUCAACGCCUGGACCUAAGCAACGCUGGCCUCUACACCUGCACCAGCCACGAGCACUCCUACAGCGUGGUUCUGACCCGGUACCGCCUUCACGUCAUCCCCAACCACAGUCUCCACCCCACGCACUACCUGCAGAACCACAGCGACCCCCCUGCUCCCCCGGGCCUGUCCAGGACCGGCACAACUGGAGGAGGACUCUCUGGGUUCCUGGGCCAGUCGGGCGGUUCUGUGUCGGGCCUCAGGAACUCGUGGCAGCCCCCUCUGAGGAGCUACAAAGACCUGCAGAUGGUGGGGGCCGCGGGUCUGAGCGUGGACGAGUGCGAGCAGCUGUGGCACCGCGAGAAGCGCCGGCAGCAGAAACUCCGGGUUCUGAAACUGAAACAGGAGAACCGCAAGGCCCGGGUGAGGAGGGACAGCCCCCCCGAGACCCCCCUUUAG